AUGGCCAACACUGUCAUCGUUGGGAGUGGUGUUAUUGGCCUGUCGACGGCCUACUAUCUGCUCCAACACCAGCCGGGCGGCUCCAUCCACCUCGUCGACUCUGCUAAUGAACUCUUCGCCUCGGCCUCUGGCUUUGCGGGAGGCUUCCUGGCCAAGGACUGGUUCCGCCCGGAACUGAUGCCGCUGGCCGAGCUCAGCUUCGAGGAGCACAGGAAGCUGGCCGAGGCGGAGAACGGCAGAGAGAGAUGGGGAUACGCAAAGAGCGUGACGGUGAGCUACGAGCCGCACGGGACGCUGAUGAACGGCAAGAGAGGCGAAGAUUGGCUGCUGGAGGGGACGAGCAGAGCCGGGCUCGUCGACUCGCGGAGGGAGCACAAGGACGGGGAGAUUCCCGACUGGCUGAGGAGGGUGGAUGGCGACUCGGUCAAGGUGAUUGAUGAUGGGAACGGCACGGCGAUUGUGGAUCCCCUGAGGUUCUGCAAGUUUCUCCUGGAAAAGGUCAAGGCUGCCGGCGUGCACAUCCACAACCCUGCCACAGCGUCGCGCGUGGAAACCGACGAAGCCGGCAAACUCUCCGGCGUGGUGGUCUGCCGUGGGGAGGGCUCGGAGGAGACGGUGAUUCCGGCGACCCGAGUGCUUCUGGCGGCGGGCUGCUGGACCCCCCACGUCUUCCACGACCUGUUCAAGAACCGCUACUACGUCGACGUGCCCAUUGAGAGCCUGGGCGGGCACUCGAUCGUUGUCAAGGCACCUGGCGAGGUGACGACAUGCCACUCUGUUUACACGACCAUGGGUCAACUCUCGCCUGAGGUGUACUCUCGACCGGAUGGGGUGAUUUACGUUGCUGGUGUGAACCAUGCUUCUAUUCCUCUGCCUAAACCUACUGUCAAGGCAGUGACUUUCAACGAGUCUAUUGAUAAGCUCAAGGACAUUGCGCGACGUCUUAUUGCUACGCCUAAUGGAGAGGAUUUGGAGAUUGUGCGUGAGGGACUCUGCUUCAGACCGAUUACGAAGAGGGGAACGCCGUACAUUGCGAGGUUGCCAGAGGAGAAACUUGGAGAGGACUUCAGAUCUGCGGAGCAGUCCCCCGGAGGUGUCUUUAUUGCUUCAGGACACGGCCCGUGGGGAAUCACUUUGAGCUUGGGAACGGGCAAGGUGGUUGCGGAGAUGAUGUCUGGGAAGCCGCUCAGUGCUGAUAUUUCUAGCCUGGGCUUCUAG